ACCACCAGCUGCACUAGUACUUAUACCUCAGAAUGCCCCCAUCUGUUGCUCCCGGAGAACCUAAAGAAGCUCCCAAGCCGCAGCCUAUCGGAAAUGCGCCAUUCGUCAUACUGUUCACUGUCUGCACUUUGUGUGCGAUCUUUAUUCUGUGGAGGAGAGCUUCAACUAUACGAGCAGUAGUGGGACAUCAACUUAAAACGUGGACGAGGAGAGAAGGGAAUAUUCGCUUGUCGAUGGAUGACGGACCUACCUCUCGAGAAUUCCUCGACGAUGAUUAUGACGAUGACAACGCAGACAUUGCAGAUGAUGAGCCGCUUGCUCUUCGUGCACAGCAAUUGAAGCCGAAAUCACCAAAUGGCAGGAGUGGUCAAGCACUCUUGAACUAUUCAAGCCAAACUACUACGCUCUUUGAAGCUGAUGUCGAAGAAGAUAUGCCUCCGCCUCCACCACCGAAGGUUUGAGGUUGAGAGCGUGAGCUCAUGUAAUUUCAUAUCUUCUCAAGGACUCUCUACGUGCCACUCGGACUUUCACUAUACAUACCCUUUACUUGUACAACACUAAUUAUGAUUUCUCAUUCCCUACGGAUUCGCGACCUGAAUAUCACGCAUGACCUUUAUAGUU